AAUUAAGGGUGACAUUGAUGAGCAAGAACAAGGGGGGAUUAUCAGGAAAUUAGAGGUGGUUUAAUUGAAUUUGGAUUCCAAAGCGAAGAAUAUGAAACAUGAUGAACUGCCAAACAUGUAAAUAGUAGAAUCCCCCCCUCAUUAUUAAAGAGCGUUUGAGAUUAUUUCAUUUCAUUCGCUUAUUACCCAUAAACCAACCCCAAUUCAAUAUCUCAAAAAACAAAAACAUGAAAAAUAAAAUGGUUUUGAUAAUGGGUAUUUGCGAAUAAAAAAACAUUGUGUUCUCGACGGAAACAAGAACAAAAACAAAACCAAAAAAAAGAAAAAGUAAAAAGAAGGAUGAGCACAAGGAACAGAAGCCAAGUUUGGAGCGACCCCUCGGCUGAUAUGGAGAGUACCGCUACCAUGGCCUCCUCCAAAAGGCUUUACCAAGUGUGGAAGGGUAACAAUAAAUUUUUGUGUGGAGGAAGAAUUGUGUUUGGACACGAUGCUGGAUCACUAUUUCUAACAUCAUUUCUAAUCGGAGGACCUGCAAUAGCUUUCUGCAUAAAAAUGCUUGUUAUGAUCAACGAUGAUAAUCCAAGUUUUGUCUUUCCAGUACUCAUUGGAGGAAUUAUCCUCACUGUUUUGGAUUUUAUAUUUCUAAUGAUGACAUCGGGUAGAGAUCCAGGAAUAAUACCGAGAAACACACACCCACCAGAAGCAGAUGAAGCAUUUAACAUGUCAACUCCAUCAACAGAAUGGAUUAAUACAAAAGCAGGUGCUUUAAAACUACCAAGAGUUAAGGAUGUCAAAGUCAACGGUUAUACAGUAAAGGUCAAAUUCUGUGAUACUUGUUUGCUCUAUCGUCCUCCUAGGGCUUCUCACUGUUCCAUCUGCAAUAACUGUGUCCAGAAGUUUGAUCACCAUUGCCCAUGGGUUGGCCAAUGUAUUGGAUUGAGAAAUUAUCCAUACUUCAUAAUGUUUAUAUCGACAUCAACGGCAUUGUGUAUAUAUGUAUUUGUGUUUUCAUGGAUAAACAUUCUACGGAAAGAGGAAAACCUAGGAACGGCCAUAUCCCAUGAUAUCCUAUCUAUCAUCCUCAUUGUGUACUGCUUCAUUUCCAUUUGGUUUGUUGGUGGCCUUACAGUUUUCCAUUUCUAUUUGAUUUCCACAAACCAGACAACGUAUGAGAAUUUUCGAUAUCGUUAUGAUAAAAAAGAAAAUCCAUUCCGAAAUGGAAUACUAGGGAACUUUGGAGAGGUUUUCUGCUCCAAGAUACCUCCUUCCUUGAUCAAUUUCAGGGCAUGGGUAUCAGAAUUUGAUGAACCAAUAGUGUUGUCAUCCUUUAGGUCAGAAAGUGAAAUGGACUACAUUGGCUCAAAAGACCAGAAAUUUGACCUAGAAAUGGGAAAGUUCGGGAAAGAUAAUAUCCCAAGUAUAUUGCAGAAUUUGGAUUACAGUGGACUUGAUGAUUAUGAUGAUAAUGAGGAUCCAAAAAAGAAAGUUGGAGGUGGAACUAAUGGUGGAUUGAAUUCACUUUUAUUUCCAAUUGGUCAAGAACAGAGACAAUAUUCACAACAACAAAGUUUCAUGACCCUUGGAGUUAAUACUAUUAAUGAUGAAAAGAGGACUCAAUAACUCUCAUUUUAGAUGAUUUCAUAUAUUUGUAAUUUGGUUUUUCAUGAAGAGAAAGAAGGUAGCAUUGCUUCUUGUUUGCUUAAUUAAAUUUGUGCCUUUAACUUCUGAUAUA